AUGGAGACUCUAAAUUCCUAUGAAAAGGUUUCUGGACAGUUGAUCAACAAGCAUAAGAAUCACUUCAUGAUUCCAUCCAAUGCUUUCAAGUCUACUAUUGUGAGAAUCAAGAAGAUCACUGGCUUUACCCAAAAAGAUAGCCCCAUAACUUAUCUGGGGUGCCCUAUCUAUAUUGGCAGACAAAGAGUGGUAUAUUAUUAUGAUCUUAUAGCUAAGGUUGUUAAUAGAAUCACUAGAUGGCAUGCAAAAAUCCUUAGUCAUGGGGGAAGAGCUGUACUAGUCAAGCAUGUUAUUCAAGCCAUGCCAACUCACUUGCUUUCAACCAGUACUCCUCCCUCAACCACCAUCAAGAAAAUACAAAGCAUUACUGCCAAUUGCUUCUGGGGUUGGAAAAAUGACAAGAGGAAGUAUCAUUGGUCCUCAUGGAGGAAUCUUAGCUUUCCAUAUGAUGAAGGAGGUAUUGGAGUGAGGCAAUUUGCAGAUGUGGCUAAGUCCUUUCAAUAG